AUGGGUACCUAUAGGAAGCGCUGGAAUGAGAAAGCACGCGCGGGUCAGAUGUCUAAGUUGAAGGAGUUGAAGAGAGUAAGGAAUAGGCAGUUCACCCGUGCACUUGAAAAUUCUUCCGAUGCUGAUUCUGAAGAAGGUAAUUCAUCUGAAGAUGAACAUCAUGAAUCACCCGAUCAUCAGGAAGAUACGAACGCUGCUGUAUUGAAACCCAUGACGGAGGAAGAGAAACAAGAGAAAAAGCGUAAAUUGGAAGAGCUAUUCACACCUAAGGAAACGAAGGUCUCUAGGACGAAGAAAAAAAGGUUAGAGAAGUUCAUCGAGCAUCAAUUGAAAAGAGAGGAGAAAAAAGUUUUGAUAGAAAAACUUCAGGACUAUAAAAUUGAUACUAAGCUUUUGACAAGUUCUAAGAUUUUGGGACAAGGAAGGCAAACUAAGAGGCAAGGGAUUGAAGAAGCCCUCAAAUUAGAAAGAAAUGGACGUGGUGAUGAAACUACCAGGGAAAUUCUUUACGAUGAAACUGAGGUAAGGGAUUGGUAUCAAGAUCAUCCAGAAACUAGGCCCAGUCAGGAAAGCACAGCUGAAAAUUGCAAUUCGGAUAGUGAUGAAACGGACCAUACCAGUUCAGAUCACCCUAUUUCGGCAAAUACUGGGGGAUUUAUUGAUAAUAGACCCAGUAAAUUUGGUGGGUCAGGUUUUGGUUUUGGAUUCGGUAAUGCAAAGGUGGUGAAUAAAAGGGCCUCGAAGAAAAGGUAUAACUGGAAGCAAAAGGUAGAGCAAGAAGAACGUAGAAGGCGUAAACUGGAUGAUGAUCAGGAUUUUGAAUCUGACGAAAGUGAAUCAGAAGAACAUUCAUCCACUGCAGAAAGUGAACCUGAUGAGAGUGAAUCUAAUAGUAAUGCUGAUAGUCACAGCGAUGAUGAGUCGAGUGAGUCUGACGGCGAGGAAAGAUCGGAUUCAGAAAUAGCGCAGUGCAGAAACGUAAGUUCUUCAGUUGCCCAAGAAUUUAAAGAGUGGGCAAAUCAGGAAAUUAAAAAGCUUGAAGGUAGAGAUGUAGAAAUGGUUAUGCCUUCCUCCAACAUCAAGGUCGAUAGGACCGAGAGACCUGAAGACUUUGAAGAUGGACUCAAAGCAGAUGAAUUUAAUGUGAACGAAAAUUCAACACGUAAGGCUUUUUAUGUCAAGGUACGGAGAUCUGAUGCUGUUCAAGCUGUGAGAAGCGCACUACCUGUUUUCGCCGAGGAACAUAGAAUUAUGGAAGCUAUCCAUCAUAAUGACGUUGUAAUCAUUUGUGGUGAAACUGGUUCAGGUAAAACGACACAGGUACCGCAGUUUCUUUACGAGGCAGGAUAUGGUAAUUCGUCCUCAACUGACACGCCUGGGAUGAUUGGAAUAACACAACCUAGAAGAGUGGCCGCUGUCUCUAUGGCUGGACGUGUUACUAAUGAGAUGGGUGAUCAUGGCGAAUAUGUAGGAUACCAAAUUCGGUUCGAUUCUUCUACCAAGGAUAAAACAAGAAUGAAAUUUAUGACUGAUGGUGUUUUGCUAAGAGAGAUGAUGAACGAUUUUAGACUUUCUAAAUACUCUUCUAUCAUUAUCGAUGAAGCUCACGAGAGGAACAUCAAUACAGAUAUUUUGAUUGGUAUGUUAAGUCGUUGUGUCAGCUUACGUGCUAAGGAGCAUGCAACUGAUCCGGCUAAGUACAAAAAACUUAAACUAAUUAUCAUGUCUGCCACCUUGAGAGUAUCAGAUUUUAGUGAAAACCCUACUUUAUUCCCUGUUUCUCCACCUGUCUUAAAGGUCGACGCCAGGCAGUAUCCAGUGGCUGUACAUUUCAAUCGUAGAACAGCUUAUAACUAUGCUGAAGAGGCUUUCAGGAAGACGUGUAAAAUACAUCAAAGGUUGCCUCCUGGUGCUAUCUUGGUUUUUAUGACAGGACAGCAAGAGAUCACGCACAUGGUAAAAAGGUUAAGAAAAGAGUUUCCUUUCCCCAAGAAACAUCAAACUCUCAUUCAAAAUGACCACAUACCUACAGUGAAAAUAGAUGCCAAAACUGCAGAUGUAGAAGCUGAAGAUAUCGACUUCAGUGUCAGAGUUAGAGAGGAACAAGAAUUUGACGAUUGUUUACUCUCUGAUGAGGAAGAUAUUGAGGACAAAGAAGAGGACGAAGAAGAAGGUUUUGAAGAAACACUUGAAGAAGGUCAGACGGAUAGAGAUCCACUAUAUGUUCUUCCUCUUUACUCGCUAUUGCCCACCAAAGAGCAAAUGAAGGUCUUCCUUGAUCCCCCACCAAACUCCAGAUUAUGUGUUGUUGCUACUAAUGUGGCAGAAACAUCAUUGACCAUACCGGGAGUAAGAUACGUCGUUGAUUGUGGUAGAUCAAAGGAAAGAAAGUUUGAUGAAAAUAAUGGUGUUCAGAGUUUCGAAAUUGACUGGAUUAGCAAAGCUUCUGCUGGCCAAAGAAGUGGUAGAGCAGGGCGUACAGGGCCUGGUCAUUGUUAUCGUUUAUACUCCUCUGCAGUUUUCGAAAGAGAUUUUGAGCAGUUUUCUAAGCCUGAAAUUUUAAGAAUGCCUGUGGAGAGUAUAGUUUUGCAAAUGAAGAGCAUGGCUGUUCAUAAUAUUGUGAAUUUUCCAUUCCCUACCCCACCCGAAAGACCAGCUUUGAUGAAGUCAAUAAAGCUCUUACAACACCUAGGUGCACUCGACAGUAAUGAAAGAAUCACUGAUGAUGGUAAAGCAAUGAGUUUGUUUCCGCUAAGUCCAAGAUUUUCUAAAAUGCUGCUUGUUGGUAAUGAAAGCGACUGUUUGAAAUAUGUUGUUACCAUUGUCAGUGCCCUUUCAGUAGGUGAGCCGUUUUUAUCUGAACAAGAGCUUGGUAUCAUGGAUACUGUGCCCAAGACACAAGAUGAAGGACAAUUAGAUGACUAUCCUGAUCACGAAGCUGAGGAAAGAAAAAGGCUAUUGCGCUCCAAGUAUGUUAAAAGCAAAAUUAGAUUUAGUAAGCUUGAUAAAUUCAGUGAUGUUUUCCGUCUUUUAAGUGCAGUAUCUGCGUUGGAUUUCAUUCCAAAGGAUCAGCACAGUUCUUUCAUGGAAAAAAAUUUCUUAAGGGCAAAAACCGUAGAGGAGAUUAUGAAGUUGAGAAAGCAGGUGAUGUUCAUCAUCAGGUCAGUUACUUCGAGAGAAAAUGUAGCUGUAAAUGUUAAAGACGAAGACUUGAAGAGCUCGAUCCCCACCGAUGUUCAAAUCAAAUUACUCAAGCAAAUGAUCACAGCAGGAUUUAUCGACCAGGUGGCCGUUCGCGCAGACCAGUUAUUCCCGGAAGACGUUACUAUCAACAAAACCAACAUUUUCAAUAUCCCUUAUGUUCCAGUCCUUGCUGAGAAAACAUCUUCUUUGGAUGAUAUCUUUGUUUAUAUUCAUCCAACCUCAAUUCUCAACAAUUCUGGCGAGCAACCUCCGAAAUACUUGGUUUUCCAAUCACUACAUGUCAAUAAAAAUAAUGAAAAGGCGAAAACAAGGAUGAAGUCUCUUUGUGACAUUAAAAGCACGCCAUUGGCUAACGUUGCAAGAAAGGGCUCGUUACUCACUUACGGAAAACCAAUCACUGGACAAGGUUUGAAACCUAUUGAUUUAUCGCCAACAGAAAGAUUCUGCUAUGUUGUUCCUAGAUUUGGAUCUUGCAAUGAUAGCGACAUCAAGAUUGGUUGGGAACUCAAUCCUAUCCCUGUUCAUCAAGAGAAAGAGAAAGGUGUAUGGACGGUCAAGAAAUUCCUUACUCCAAAAGCAUUUAAAAACUAUCAAGCUUCGAAAAGACCCUAG